AAGAAGUUCUGAUAUUAUGAAAUCGAUUUUUAGCAGAUGAUAUUUUUUUUAAAACUCAUAUAAAAUGCAUAUUUAUAAGAUCUUAACAAUUAUAAUUUGCCUUUUAAUUAAUAUUGUUUAUAUUAACGCACUAUCCUCUCUAUUGGUUAAGCGUUGGGCAAAAUUGUUAGGUGAAGAAAUAGAAAAAUUAAUGGAGAAUGGAUUAAAGUACAAAGAAAUACAAAAACUUUAUGAUGAUGCAUUUUAUCAACAAAUAAAUGUAAAUUGGCUGGAAAAGGCAAAGGAAAUCUAUGGCAAACUUGGUAUGAGUUUUGUUAAAAAACGUGCAGCAUUAGAGUUAUUGGCACAACAAGCAGCAAAUUAUCAUGAUAAUGCCGAAUCUACAGGUAUACCAAAAACAGCAACUAAAUUAGAAGAUUUAGAUUCAUCUAUAUAUCUAGAUUCAGAUAAAAUCAAAACAUUUUUUAAUAUUUCAGAAUCAAAGUACUCACAUGAUCAUAGUCAUUCUGUUUUUAAUCAUAGCUCUGUUAAGUUUCCAACCUUAGUGCCUAAAACUAAUAAAAAAGUUAUUCAAACAGUAUGGUGGUCUUCUAAUUUAGAAAAAGUAUUCCAUGAUAAUUUUAGAAGAGACCAUGAUAUAAGGUAUCAAUAUUUUGGUUCAACAACAGGUAUGUUUCGGAGUUUUCCCGUAAGAUCCUUCGGAACGGGCUCUAAAGAUCUUGGACAUGAUUAUGACCCAAGAGUAAGACCUUGGUAUAUAGCAGCUAUCACUAAACCUAAGAACGUUAUCAUCAUAUUUGACACCAGUUCCACUAUGGCAAAAAGCAAACCUCGCGCACUCGCUGUAACUCAAGCAAUAUUAAAUACAUUGACCAAUAGAGAUUAUGUAUCAGUAAUAGUCUCGAGAUCUUCUUAUUAUGAUGUGAAUGGCAAAUACUUUGAUUAUAAACCCUACGUACUGGGAUGUAGCAAUCUGUCAGCCCUUCUACCAUCUAAUCCUAGUUUUUCCUUUAAGCUAUUUUACUUGUUGGAAAAACUGAAGAUGGAUGGUGCCUCUAAUCAUACGGCGGCUUUUAAACUGGCCUUCGAUAUGUUGAGUCAAGUGAAUAACAGACUAUGCCACAGUUUGAUAUUGUUUGUAACAGACGGAAUAACUUUGGAUGGCUCUCAAAGAUGCAAUUCGGGACAAUAUUAUUAUGAGUUCGACGGAACUAAACGAUUCGUACCUGGUAGUAUUUGCAUAUUUGAUCGCAAACGCUUCGAAGCUAAUGUCAAGUAUUAUCAAAGCUUACUCGUAGCUCAAAAGCUUCCAAUUGCAUUCAUAUUUACAUUCACUGUUUCUGAACACGCUCAUUCUUACGUUAAAAAAUUUUCUUGCGAAAAUUAUGGAUUAAACAUAGAAGCUUGGGAUCACAAGAUACGCACUUUCAAAGCCCUUUCCCCUUAUUAUCACUUUUUGCAAAGCCUAUUUGAUGCUCGUCAUGAAUCAUCCGAACAAAUAUGGAUAUCCCCGUAUUUAGAUGCCCUUAAUUCCGAACUCAUUAUUACAGCAUCAAAGGCCGUUUUUAGCAACAAAAACGGAAAAUUUAUUGGAGUGGUAGGAAUCGAUGUAACCUUAGAUUCGAUUGAAAAAAUUCUAUCAAAAGAAACGUGGAAUUCCGUUUCUUAUUUUAUUAUCGAUAAAUAUGGCCAUGCCAUAUUGCAUCCUCUUAUCAAGCAUAGUGAGGAGUUAAUAGGUGAUCCCAUUUUCGUGCACAUAUCAUUGUUGGAGCAAUUUGAUGGCAAGCCAUCCAAAUUCGAUAACGUAGUGAAACGAAUGUUGGGAAGAGAGGUAGGAACCGAAAUCAUCAAAAACAAUGCUUUAUUGGCCAUCUAUAAUGGUGAAUAUCAAGAGGGUCUUUCUUGGAAACCCAUUCGCCAAAUUGAUUACACUUUUGGACCUCUUCAGGGGUCUGAUUUUGCGUUUGCUUUCAAAAUUCCAUUCUCCGAUAAUUUAUUCACCAUUCCAAGUGCUCCUCUAAUUGGGCAGCCCAACGCCUUUUUGACGGACUAUAAUGGAUAUUUAAAAUUAGCAACUCAAAAUAUAUUUAAUCCAUUGUUGACGAGAGAAAUAUCAUCAUUUAUAGAUUCCUUCCUCACGCAUAAAUUUAAAGAUUUGUUAUCUUACAAUUACUCCGCUAUUCAUUUGUCACCCAAGGCUUUUUGCUCUCCCGAAGAAUAUAUGUUUCACAAUAACCCAUCUUUAGAAACAUUGCAUAUAAUUUUAAAUACUCCUCAUCAAACCGAACCUUGCACUUCAGACAGUGGAAUAAUUAAGCCUUAUAUCAAAUCCGAUAUAGCUUUAACAUCUAAGAUGGAGAAUGUAUGGAAAGCACGUGAUACAGAUAUCCAAAAUAUAAUAACGUCAACAUUUAUUAGUACAUUCAGUGGGGUUACCCGGGUAUAUCCGGCCAUGCAAGUCGUCAGAAGUCUAGAACCUCUCAAACAAGCCUGGUUUAAUAAAGCUCUAUUAAAUAUCGGUAAAAACGUUAUCAGUCCAAUGUUUAAGACAUAUUUCAAAGUAAAUUCUUACCGAAUCCUGACAAUAUCCAGAGCCAUAAUGCUUGGAAAGCCGCAAUGUAAUAUAGAUCAUGACAGAAACUAUAAUGAUCGAGACAUUAUUAGCAACGAUGGAUGUUCUUGCAAAAGGAACAGUGAUUGUCAUUCUAAAUAUUGUUAUUUAGGUUCCUGGUGCGCUAAUUCAAUAACACAUGCUGUAGCAGGAAUUAAUGUUAUAUUUGAUUCUUUAAGAGAUCAGCUCUAUCAAACAAUAAAGAAGAAACUAUCUCCUGAUAGACAUUGUAAUUCUAUUUACCCUUGCCCAUCUGACCCCACUACUAGCUGCACUAUUAGCUGUAUUAUAAUCAACAAUUCAACCCAAAUAGUAAUUCACCCAAACUUUUCAUCGCACACAAUUUCGAAUAGUGAAAAUGAUUUAUAUGAAAAUUUGUAUUUGGAAACCAAUGAACCACUUUUAUUUUAUCAUCUUAGUCGAAUGCGAAUUAUAUAUCAUUUUUUCUCAACCGAUUUUCAAGCCGUGUGUGUUGAAGACUCCAAUAGUCCUUUGCAUUUUGAAUUUCAAAACACGGAAUCUACUACUGAAAAACAGAAUGGGAAGCAUACAUAUAACUGUAUUAAACAGAUUACUUUAUAUGCCGUCAAUCAUUCUUAUAUUCAAUCCUUGUCAUCUAACGUUUUCUCUCUAAAUAUUAAUGAAUCUUCGAAAUGCCUUUAUAAAAUUUUCAUUACCUACAUUCCCAACUCGAAUUUAUAUUUGAUUGUACAAGAUGAUCUCCCGCUAGUUAAUCUUUGCUCCUUCGAUUCGAAUUUCAAUACAUCGAACGAGAAAAAAAAGGAAUUUUCCUUAUGCAAAGAUUAUAGUUAUGCCAAAACAUUUAGUUCAAAUAAAAUCAACGAAAAGAAUCCAAUCACAUACACUCAGACUUGUCCUUUGCCUAAGCUGGAUUUCAACGAAAAGUUCUGCUCCGGAUCAUUUUCUAUCUUGUUUUCCAGCUCCUUUUUUAAACUAGUAGCUUUAUUUUUGUUAACAAGGUAUCUUAAUUAUUUUGUGUAAAUUGCUGAACAUAUUAGGAGCACUAUUGUUUAUUAAAAUUUAUAAUGUUUCGACAUUGAAAAAUUUGUAUUAUGAAAAUUUAAAAAGUCAAAAUAUAAAAAGCUCAAUUUUAUUUAUAUUUUUCUCACUCUUCCUUUUUUUUAACAAACAAUUCACGAAUUAUUUUGAUUUAGUAUAUCUAUAUGUAUCUUUGAUCAAAUAUUUUUUAAAGUAAUUGAUGUAUAGUAAAACCGGUGAAAGUUUUAUU